CGGAGCCAGACGAGUCCCCGGAUGUGCCUCCCGUGAACCGUUACUAAGUAACCUUUCAGGGGCCGCGCUUCGGAAUUUGACGGACACACACACACAGAAAUAAUCUUGAGCAAAAUCUUGCAAUGACUCCAGCCGCCGCAAUACCUCCUAGAACAGUUCGGCCACAAUGUUCACCUGCAUCGCUCCCUCACCAAGUUACCAGAAGCCUUCAACCACUCUGCUGGUCAUUCGGCAACAACAACAACAACACGCCCCACGUGUCCAAGAUGGCCUCUUUCCUGCAGCACCUUGACUUACUUCCGGAGACGAGUCAGAAGGCGACUGCGAAGUAUGACGACUCGACUAGACAGGGGCCAGAAUAGACACCACCGACUUGCCAAGAUAGCCGACCGACCUCAUAAACUUUCGCGAUCGGAAUCCUAGUUGAAUGGGGGAUAACCGUGGAUUUUCCGAGGCGCGAGGCUCUGGCUUACU